CGCUUUGAGCGCAAUUGUGUGAUGAUUGCGCCGCGUUGUUUUCCGAGUUGCGCCUACUUCCUUAGCUGACAGUGACACUUGUUGAAUGCUUUUGUCCUGUGACUGAUCACCUCGUCCUUGCCACAAAGGCCUAGCAACAGGUGACAACAUUUCAAAUUCAAACGUCGAUCUGACUUCGCAAUAAAAACACUCGAUAUAAUAAACAAAUGGAUAAACUUAAGCGAGUGUUGAGUGGCAACGAGGAGGACGAUGAGGAAACUAACAUCAUCUCACAAUUUCGUGAUCAAACUACUCUAAGUUGGAGCACCAGAGUAAAGUGCUUCAUUGGCUGCUUCAUCAUAGGCCUUUUACUCACACUUUUGGGUUCGUUCGCGUUAUUCUUGGGCGGCGUUAAAUUGUUUGCCGUAUUUUACACCUUGGGGAAUGUUGUCUCAAUUGCAAGCACCUGCUUUCUGGUUGGGCCUGUCAAUCAAUUCAAAAAGAUGUUUGCGGCAACUAGGGCUAUUGCAACAAUUCUAGUCAUCUCAUCAUUUAUUCUGACACUACUUGCAGCACUUUUGUGGAAGAAACCGGCGCUAGCUUUGAUUUGUAUUAUUAUUCAAUCGUGUGCCAUGACUUGGUAUUCGAUUUCAUACAUCCCAUACGCCCGCGAUGCAGUUAAAAAAGCCGUUACGGCUUGUGUUGUUUAAAAUGUAAGUUUUUAUUCUGUUUCGUUUGCCUCCUGACUGGCAAAUAAAUAUCUAAUCUACUUUCACUGAUAAAAAAAUAUAGAAGUGAAAAGUUUUAUUCACGUGGUUUCGAAUAAUGUAAAAAUUUUGUGCUGAGGACGCCAUUUCAAUUAGAUUUUGCAUGAAUAAAGAAUGUAACUGUUGCUAUACUACGUUGAGAGAAAAAGAAUUGUCAAUUGUAUUAUUUUCAUCAAACUUGAGAAAAAUUGCUCUAGUUAUAGCUUGAAAAUAGAACUGGAUAAUUUGGAUAUUAAUAGGAAUGCCGCGAAUGCGCAUCUUUAAUUCUUCACCCUCAGUCAUCUUUAUUUAUCAACGACGUCCGCCGCUUGUACCGCUCGACGCCCAACAUCAACAAGCUCUUAUUCUCCCACGCCCACGCGAAUAGAGUGGUAAGGCAACACAAGCCGCCGAUGAAGAUGUGCAGGACGAUAGACCACUGAUAGACGUACAUCUGAAACAAAAAAAAAACGAAAUUAAACGAAAGUACUUAGAACGAGAUUAAAGCUGUGGGAGAAUAAAAAGUGUAUACUAGUGCAUAGUAAAGUUAAGUAAAAAUUAUGAGUCAAUUAUAAUACGGCUAACACUGAUAGAUGUAUGAAUAGAAAAAUAAGUUAGGAAUAUAUGAUUGUAUAAAAUGUUUAACUUGCGUCUGAAAGUUUUGUCACGACGAACGAAACGGCCAACAGGAUGGAGAAAAACUUGUCUGGCUUGAGACCGUCCAGCGGACGAUGACUGGAACUUCCGUACUGAUUGCGGAUGAAAUGUAUGCUGAAAUUGAAAUAUAUAGUUUUAUAAUGUU